AUGUCUGGCGAUGUACAACCACGUAAACGCAAGGACAAGAAGAAGAAACGUGAAUCUCUUGAUUAUCGCAAAUCAGAGGGUGAAUUAAUUUUCUCGCGCAAAUCAAGUUUGCAAGAUGACGAAUCCUCUCAUGGAGUACACAUUACAAAAAUGUCAUCGGAUGAUGUACAUUUGCAUGUACAUCACGAACAUGGCACUGGCGGACAUUGGUGUGCCAAGAUCAUUUUCUUCUCACUGAUGACGGUACUUUUGGGUUUGGUGUGCUUGAUAAUUAUGGAAAAUCGUGGUAUAUCCGAUGUUGAUACACCGUUAUCGGAAUCACGAUUUUCAAAUUAUUUUGAUGGUUGGGUUGAUGAGCAUCGACCUGAUGAUGAUCAUCAUGAUGAUGUUCAUGGCUCGUUAGAAGAUGAUCAUGAUGAUGGCCAUGAUGAUGAGCAUGAUGAACCGUUUGAAGAAGAACCGGAUGUGUCGGAUGGUGAAGAAGCCGAAGAAGAGGGAGAAGAUGAAAAUGUAACACAAGAAGAAGCCGAAGAGGCUGAUGAGGAUGAUGAAAAUGUUACCGGCGAAGAUGAUAAUGUCACUGCCGAAGAUGUUGAUGAAGAAAAUGUAACAGCUGAAGAGGAAGAAGAAAAUGUCACUGCGGAAGAGGAAGAAAAUGUCACAGCUGAAGACGAAAAUGUUACCGCCGAAGAAGAAAAUGUAACAGCAGAAGAAGAGGAAGAAAAUGUCACCGCCGAGGAGGAAUAUGAAGCCGACGAUGAAGACGAAGAUAAUGCCACCAAUGAAGAUAAUAUCGACGAAAAUGUUACUCGCGAGUCAUCAAAACCUGUUUCCAAGGGAAAUGCCGACGACGAUGAUGAAGAUACCUUUGAAUAUGAGGAAGAUGACACUGUUAUGGAUUCGGUUGAAAAUAUUGUCGAUAAUGAUGCUGCCGAAUUGGAGCUAUUAAAAGAAAAAGCUCGCCAACAGGCUGAAGCUGAGGCAAAACAAAAUCCCGCCUCAAUUGAAAAUGAUGUAUAUGAAGAAGAAUUGGCAACUUCAUGGGCAUCGUCACUGACAUUAAAAAUUGGCAUUGGUCUGGCCCUAGCAUUAGUUGCGCGUCUAGUCUUGCUUAAGAAAACACCAAUUACAAUUUUUGAAUUAUUUAAUAUUUUAUGCUCGCACCAUUAUACCGCUAUAAGCCAUUGUGUAUAUGAUGAAAAUCCAGCCGCUACCGAAGCUCUGAUGAAACGUCGUCUUACAAUAGCCACAGCUGAGGAGGAAAUACCAGAGGAUUCGAAUGAUAUGGAUGAAUAUUUAACAGAAAAUGACUUCUCCGAAGAAGAAAUUGAAAUCGAAGAGGAAAUCGAAUACAUCGAUGACAUCGAAGAGGAACAGCCUGGCGAAGAGAAUGAAGUGGAUUCGGGUGAGAAUGUCUACAAACCGGAAACAUUUGAAGAACUUAAUGCCAUGUAUAGACCAAAAAAUUAUGACAAAGAACAAGAGGAGGAACAACAACAAAAACAACUUGAACUUAAUGAUAAUCUAACACAAACGAAUUUACAACAUGAAACAUAUUCGUAUCGUUCACCAUACCAGACACCAUUUUCCAAUAACUCAGCUACUUCUUCAACUACUACUACUAAUAAUAAUACCAACAACACAAAACCUCAAACAGAUCGAAAGGAUUCAAUUGAGAGUAUUAGUAACACAAUAACACAAGCAACAACAACAAGCAAUGUGGGAAAAUCAGUAUCAUUUAUGCCCGAAUAUACAACAACAAAACCUGUGAUUGAAAGAUAUUCACCACCUAAAGCGGAAGAAAAGAAAUAUUCACCACCCAAAGUCGAGGAGAAAAACUAUUCCCCACCAAAGGUAGAGCAGAAAAACUAUUCACCUCCUAAAAUGGAGGAAAUGAAAUAUUCACCACCCACAAUGGAAGAGAAAAAAUAUUCACCACCAUCGGCAGUGGAGCGAAAAUAUUACACAUCUGAUAUACACGAAAAGGAUAGCCACAACACGGAAGAGACAAAACCGAAAACUAAAGAAGUUACCUACGACAUGGAUUAUCGACCCGAAGAUGAAGAUAUCGAAUAUGAUGAAGAUGAUAUUUACGAUGAUGAAGAGGGACAAGAUGAAGAUUCCGAAGAAUUAGAUGAUGAUGACUUAAUCGACGACGACGAUGAUGACGAAGAGUUGGACGAUGAAGAACAAGAAAUAUCCGAUAUUGAUGACACGGAAUUAAUGAAUCGUUUGGAGGCGAAAUAUGGCAAAUUGCCAGCCAAAGAAUAUGAAAGUGAUGAAGAUCCUGAUGAUCCUACAUGGACACAAAUAAAACCAAAGUCUGGCGGCGGUGGUGGUGGUCCACAAUCGUUUGAAGCUGGUGAUGAUGAUGAGUUUUUUGAAGAAGAAUUACGAAGAGCCAAUAGAGAAAUGAUGCGAGAGUUUAAUUACCAUUAGAAAUAUCCUUAACCACUAUGCAUAGCUUUCAAUCCAUUUUAU